AUGGAGGCCCUUCUAAACGACGAGUCACGGAGCCAGGGGAACAACCACUCCCCCCUACAGCAGGAGGGUUCCGAUAACCUGUACUCGGGUUUCAUUGACCGGUUCCCGUCAUUUGACUCGAUGUUUGGUCCGAAGCAGCGGCGAGACUCGCCGCAGAGCUCAGACGCUUAUACACAGCGGGAAAACGAGCGCUUAUCAAGGGCCAGAAUCGAAGCAGAGGAGAUCGAACGGCUGAGGAAGGGCGCGCUGAGCCCGCUCAAGGGUGCGCGCGCAAAGAUGGAAGAUGAGAUGGAUGCGCAGAUUAGAGGGGGGGACAGGAGGAACGGGGCUGCGCUAACCCGCGCGCUUAACCUCUCACGGUUAGGAGCCCCCCAGCAGAACUGGGCCCCCGUGAAGGACGAGUUCAACCAGCGCGGGUUAAUGAAACCGGCGGAGGAUAACCAGGAGAAAGAAGCGGAGAACGGGGACAUGGGAUUCGUGGACAAGGAAGUGACCACGUGGUACUCCGUGAGCAACCGGCAGGCGGUCGGGGCGGGCGACUAUGCCACGUCAGCAGCGCUGAUCAUGCAGCAGAAGCUGUGGGAAGCGAUGCAGGAGAUCCAGAGGUUGACGGAGGAGGGGCAGGCGCGGGAGAAGCUGUGCGCGAAACUGCUGCAGCAGAACGCGUUCCUGCAGGCGCAGAUCAAGCAGUACCAAGACUGGUCAGGUCUCCCGGCCGCGGAUCGCACCCGGUGGAAGAGCCCCGAGCCGUUUGCCCAGCCUACUCACUACAAGAACGAGCCGAGGAGCCCGUCCCUGGCCCCGGUGGAUGUUCCCCCGGUCGGCAACCGCCCGGGGGGGCACCAGGCGGGGGGCGCCUUGUUUGAGAGAACGACGCUCGGGGCACUGUCGCCGCACCGGCCGCUCAGCCCUCAGUGUAUGCGAGCAGAUCCGCUGAACCUCGCGGUCAAGCCCGAGGCGGAACGCGCGGUGGGGCAUAUCCCGGACAUGGAGAACCUGCAGAAGGUGAUGCAGGAGAAUGCCGAGAAGAGCGCUAAAGUCGCCCUCGUCAUGAAGUCCAAUGCCAUUACGAUCUUCGACGGCUGCAACUGGCGCAAGUACGGCCAGAAGAUCGCCAAGGGCAACCCGUGUCCGAGGGCGUACUACAGGUGUACGCAAGCCGCGGGCUGCCCCGUCCGGAAACAGGUCCAGCGGUCUGCUGACGACCCGAGCGUGCUGGUGGUGACGUAUGAGCACAUGCACAACCACCCGCUCUCCUCGGCGGCGGCGCCCAUGGCGGAGGCCACGUCAUCGCUGGCGUCAUCCUACCUGUGCAACGUCACCAGCAGCAACCCCAACGCGUCGGCGUUUGCGGGGGUCACGGCGAGUGUGGACGAGGGGCACGCUUCGAGCAACUACGCCCCGAACGCCAACAUCCCCACUAUCACUGUCGACACGAUCAACCAGGCCGGCUCCGAGUGGGCCCUGCGCAUCGCGGCCGCGCGCGCGUCCGCCGCGCUCCCGAACGGCGGCGCCAAGGGCGAAACCCUAAACCCACAGGCGAAGGGCGCGCCGUCGCGCGCGGGCGUUUUCUCAACCGUCGAGAGCGUGCUCAAGCAGCAGGUGAAGCGCGCGCAGGCCGCGGCCCCCAAGGACCCUGCCGAACCCCUAAACCCCCGCGCGAAGUCCCUUUCCGGCGAGAAGGCGCAGCGGACGUCUUCCGGCGAGAAGAAACCGAAGAAGAAGGCCAGCAGCGACUCGAAGGGGAAAGCGCCUCUGACCCUGCCGGUCAAAGCAGAACUCAUGGCCGACGCACAAACCCCGCGCUUCGUCCAAACCCUCAAAACCCCGCGCUCCGCGGCCGCGAGCACGACCACGACGCCCUUCCCCCCGGCCAGCCCCGCCGUCGACGCGCCGGCGGGCGCGAGCCUGCUGACGUCACUCCAGACCAUCACAGAGCGGCUGCAGGAGCUUCCGGGCGACGAAAAACCCUCCGGGAUUUUGGAGAAGCUGCCGACGCGCGGCGCGAAGAAGCGCUCGCGCAGCCGCACCGUGUCGGCGGACACGUCAGUCCCGGUGGUGCCGUCCACGACGGACGACGGCGCGCGUGCGAGCGCGCACGGCGCGGCCGCAUUCGAGGCGAGCGAGCGCGGCGACCAGGCGGUCCCCGAGCCGCCGCGAAGCCUCCAACUCCUGCGGACGUCGAGCCGGACGUCCAGCGACAAUCUGCUGCACGCGCUGCUAAGUGGGGCAAAAUAUACGCCUGGGCCGUCCCCCCAGAACAGCUGUCUGCAGGAGCAAGGGCUGUCGACGCUCAUGGGAUCAGGGCUGUCGAGCUUCGGCCUCUUCGCGGCGGCCCGUUCAGGAGUGAAAGAGACUGACCAUGACGCCGACGAGGUGCAAAGCCCGCGCCGAAGCGACGGGGGCGCGCCCGACGGCGACGCGGCCGCCAAGCCGCAAACCUCCAGGGUCGCCCGGCCGUGGCCGAGCUAUUUCCAGCCGGGGGGAUCCACCGUGAAGGGCGACAAGCCGACCGACGCAAGCCCCGAGCAGUCGCCCCUCCCCUGGGCGUCCUUUCACCCUUUCGGCCUUCUCUCAUCGACAUACAACAGCUACGGAACCAACUUUACCCCGGGGCCAUUUACCGGCGGCUUCGGCGCGCAUUUCAGUAAUCGGGGGAACAUUUUCCCUUUCGGCCCGACCCCGGAGAUGAGAGACGAGAAAACCCCGGGCGCGAGCGCGCGCGAGGAAACGGCGGCCGCGGGGGGCGACGUGCGUGGCCGGCCGCGGUCGCUGUCCCUGAACCUGGGCCCCGUGUCGCCCCCGAUGGUUUCGAAGUCGAACGGGGAUCCCGCGAGGACGCUAGAGCACCAGUUCGACGGCGACGACUCUCCGCUGGCGCUGGUUCGGAGGAGCCCGGAGAACAACUUCACGGGGCUGUUGACGGCGGUGGAGUCGCCAGCCAACGAAGAACUAGUGCGGGAAAGGAAGCGCGCGAGAGUCGCGUCGCCUGGUGUAGAGGUGGGAGACCGGGAAAAGGUGGUUGUUUUGGAUCAGGAGAAGCGACCGGGAAAUGCACAACCGGGACCCGCAGGGACCGUCGGUGGAGAGCUUCCGACGUUCAACCUGAUGGGCGCUGCGAUUACGCACGGACGAAUCGAGGUAAAGACUGUUGAGAAUGCUCGGCUUGCAUUGGAACAGUUCUUGACGGCUAUCCGGGACACCGGGCUUGAAAAGUAA